AUGUCGGACAAACAGAGCAGCCAAGCGUCGCAGAGGAAACCGAGCGCCAACGAGAACAUCAAGAAGCAGUGGGUGACGGACAUUGAGGACAAGCGGGUGGGUGAACCCAGUGGUUGGGCUCCUUCCACACUGGGGGGACCGACUGAGGACCCCAGGAAGACGUGGGUCCUCAAGACACCUCCUGCCGCUCAAAUACAACCAACAGAGUUGUCUCAAAUGAAUGCACCUAUUUCUGGAGAGGCUGAAAAGACAUCAGCUCCUCAGAAGAAGAUCGAGGAGCCACCUGUUACCCCUGCAAUCAAGACGAAGCAGGUGGUGAAGACGGUGACCAGCAGCUUUCAGGAGAAAGGUCCAGGCGUCGGGCUCCUGACCCAGAAGAUCACGAGAGAGGCUCUGCCAUCGGCCGAGGAGAUCGACAGGCUGUUGGCGAAGAAAAGCUCGCCCACGCUCCGCUGGAAGUGCUCCAACAUGGUGUCGUCACUGACCAAAAGCUGGAAGAAGGUGGAGAAAGAGCAGAAGUUCGGAGAAGAAAGAGCAAAAGCAGGAAAGUCACAGACCGUUGGUUUAGAUAAAGAGGAGAGUGGACAUCCUGAGGAAGGAGAUGAUGCUCAAACACACAGGGGAAACAUUUUGAAAGAAUCAGAGGAAAGAGAUGGUGAAGGAGACUUUGAGUCCUCGGUGAGGAUCAAAAGACCUUCAGUCCGAAAGUACAAAAACGAAGCUGAGGACGCCAACAAGAUCACUGCGCACUCCAAGAAAUACAGCACCGUGGGAAACCUCAAGAGCCGCUGGCAGAACUGGGCCUCUGACCACACGGUGACCCAGAGACUAAACCCCUUCAGCGAGAACUUUGACCACGACUACUCCAUGUCUCUCCGCCUCCAGAAGGGCGAGGAGGGUUACGGACGCCCAAAGGAAGGAACCAAAACAGCCGAGCGCGCCAAACGAGCCGAGCAGCACAUCCACCGCGAGAUCGCUGACAUGUGCUUCGUGAUCAGGACGAUGGCCGACCCGGAUGCGGACGGAAAGACCCGCAUCACGUUCGGAGAGCUGUUCGACAGAUACGUGCGGAUCUCCGACAAGGUGGUGGGGAUCCUGAUGAGAGCCAGGAAGCACGGGAAGGUGGCGUUCGAAGGGGAGAUGCUGUGGCAAGGCCAGGAUGAUGGGGUGAUCAUUACGCUGCUGGUGUGA